CUACGCAAGUUUCACUUUCAUUUUAUUCAGACUCCAUUUUGCCUUGCGAGAGACGGAAGUGCAAGACGAAAGCUAUUGUGCCAAACUAUAAAGGGAUUUUUGCCUUUCGGAGCAGUAGUUCGUGACUGUAUUGUGAAUAGUUGUCUCGUUAACCUCCCGAGCGAGGCUUGGCAGUACCAUGACUGAGCCAGGAGUGUACGGACAAACUACAGAGCCGAGUAGCGAUGCGAAGAAAGCCUUCUUUUCUAUACAACAUCUUGGAAUAGUUCGAUUUCUUCUAAAAGUCUUGCAACUGCUGUUCUCAUUCAUUGGCUUUGUAUGUGAAGAGAUCAUUGACCAAUGUGAAAAUUGUGGCGGUCUCUACUUCUUUGAGUUUGUGAGCUGUAGUGCCUUUUUACUGGCUUUACUCCCGAUUAUCGUGUACUGCACACAAUUAAAAGAUAAAGUUAAUAAAGAAAGUUUGGCAACUAUUGACUUCUGGAUUACAAGUAUUACUGGUGUCAUUUUCCUCAUUGCUUCCAUUGUAUUUGUUGCCACCAUGGAUAGUAACACUCUGGCAACGGUGUCGGUGGCAUUUGGAUUUUUGGCAAGUAUUGCCUUUAUUGCGGAAGUGUUCAUCCUGUAUAGGAGUGGAGAAAGCCCGUUUAAAAAGAAAGCAAAUGUAAAUGGCCAAAACAAAACUCCUGAGGGACAACCACUAAAACCACCAGUUCAGGCACAAGAAGCGGAGCAAGUUUAAGCUAUCUGCUGUAUUUUACAUUUCAGUGCAGACUCUACUUUUGUUCACUUCCAAGAAUUAAUUUUAGGAGAUUGUAAUCAUCCAAAUGAAGGUUCCAUGCAAAAUGUUUAGCACUUCAAGGUAAAUCCAUGCUACACAAUAAGUUGCUCACAGAUGAAAGAGCACAUACUGCUAACUUCCUACCGAAGAACCUAUUCUUUUCUUCCUUAGGAAGCCAAUAAUGCAUAUCAUAUGGUUACAGGCUUUGUCAUGUAUUAGUUAUAAUAAUACUCUUUUAUUUGUAAGCAACCGAUCAUUGUUACCUAGUGACUUAGUGAAAAAGUAAGCAAUGUUGUAGUUUUCUAUACAGUUGGCACACAUAACUAAGACCAAAACCUUUUAGCCAUCUAGUGUCAAUUUUAAGGUGCCUUUAAAACGGUGUAUAGCAUGCAUCUGUACAUUUCCACUACUAAAGGGGACCUUUUGAUUCAGCCAUCAAGGUUUAAAUAUAUUAGUUGCUCUGUAAAGAAAUAAAUCAAAGAUUUUAAAAUAAGAACAGUUUUAGGAAUUUUAAAAACGAAAUAGUCUGUGUUUUUUAUUGCAAAUUAACGCUUCUCCCUGCAAUUUUUGUUGCAAUACAAUGAUGGAUUUUACAUGGGAGUUGAUCCUGAUAUUAUCUUUGCUAGAUCGUUCUAUUCUGUCAAUUUUGCAAUCAUUUUUACUUUCUGCCAGUGUAUUAAAGUUAACUAUUGUA